AUGGUGUCCGCCAAGUUGCACGAUGCGCUUGCGAAGUAUACCGCAGGUAACAACAUGAUACUUCGGCCUUUCCCGAACCCUGGUGUCCCCAAUUCUCACAAGCGCAACGAAACGACACCCGACGGCCGCUCGUUCGAAGACUUGACCGCUCAGCAGCCUAGCAACUUCGAUCCGACCAUUCAGUACGAGGAUGACCAACUACUAAAACUCAAUAUUGUUGGAACGAUCUCUGGCGGAGCGAAGGAGGACCGGCAAAUCCUCCUUUGCAAGGUCGACGAGGCCCCUCGCACAAACCUUGGAUAUUCGCCUAUUCCCGUAUUUGGCAACAAGAAGCAAUGCAUCGUGGCCAUAGUCGUUGAUGCAGUUUGCUACGGAGACUCUGCCAGGGCCGACUGGCAUCUUAGUCGCCGGACUGCUGCCCUCGAACACCUUCACAGGUCUACUGCAACCGGGUUUGGAACCAUUAACCCUGAAUACUAUGGCGCAUGGGUCUUGGAGGCGUACGAUAGUGCGGCGAACCUUCCCGGAUACAAAAGAUAUAUCGGUGUUAUACUCAGGGAGCAUCUCGAGGGCGAGAGCAUUGACGGAUUGUGCGAACGUGAAAAAGAUGAUGACGGAGUCGGCAGGCUGAUUGUACGUUCGAACCCAGUCUUACGUGAUGCAACCGAUGGCGGAGUAAUCGUGGUUGACCCCAGUUACCAAGUCCGCCAUGAGAUCACGAUGCAGCUCAUGCAUGGCGUCGUCACCAAUGAGCAUAGUGGCGUGCGACAAACAAUGUUAGACGCGCCAGACGUCAUGGUGGUUUUACGAAGUCGUGGAGAGCGUCUGGAGACGCCGCAAGCUGUGCUGCUCGGUACCCUGGACACGGAAAUGCGGUACAUGCGUUGGGACGGCGAAAGAUACUACCAAGACGCCCAUGAUCGCCGGCGACGAGGUGACAAGCCUCUCCAUCCGUUCGACCGAUUUACACACAACGACUUCGAAUUUCUCGAUGGCUGGUAUGAUGUCGACUGGUGCUACGAGAACAGAUUCAAGAUCGAUGCGUGGAUGUUGAGGCAGUUCGGGCUCAUGGAUGAACCAAAGGAGCAACGCCGCUAUCUCACUUGGGAAGAGUUGAGAGAUGUUGAUAGAGACGUUACGGGGAGCAGGAACAGCCGCUUGAUAGAGGCGUUCGCGUUCAUUGCCAAAUGA